UUUAACUACAAUCCAAAUCCUUUUCCAUUUCCACUUUCAAAUCCGAAAGGAAUUUGGUUCCCGUUAGGGUUCAUUAGAAGAGAGCAGAGCAAUUUUUGAUCAGUAAAGUUUUUCGACUUAGGACAAUUAGGGCUACCCAACUGGUCAUUGAAGCGAAAAUUGAACUGUUUCUAUCUCAAUUCUUGUUUUUUGCAUUUGAUUUUUGGACAAAGUUCUUAGUUCUUGUUUCUAGGUUUUGGGUUUUGUCAAUCUACCAUCCCGGCAGCGGGAGUUCCAAUUGGCAGCCAUGACUGAGUAUUGGGUCAGUCAGGGUAACAAAUGGUGUGACUUCUGCAAAAUCUUCAUAUCCAACAAUCCAUCCAGCAUCAGAAACCAUGAGCUGGGUCAGCGUCACAAGGAUAGUGUUUCCAAGAGGCUUACUACCAUGAGACAAGAGAAAGCUGAAAAGGCGAAGAAAGAAAGCGAAGCAGCUCGUGCCCUUGAACAAAUUGAAGCAAAAGCCAAGCGUAGUUAUCAGAAGGAUAUGGCGACUUUUAAGGAAUCCAGAGAUUCCAAUGCCCAUGCAUUAGUUGCUCAAGAGAAUGGUCAAGGGACUUCUAAAGGAUCUACAAUACCUGGAGGAGAGUGGGAGCAUGACGACACUUCAGGAUAUUACUACAAUCAGAGUAAUGGUUGCUACUAUGAUCCAAACUCUGGCUUCUACUAUACUGAUGCUUUAGGUAAGUGGGUGACACAGGAAGAGGCAAUUGCUGCAUCUCGUGUUUCUUCAAAGUCCAUGCAAGGAAAAACAAGUUUUAAAAAACCAUCGUCAGGCCCUGGACCAGCCUUGGAAACCAAAUCUGAUGCAAAAUGUCAAAGUGGGCCCCCACCUGGGCGGGUUGUAUCAGCAUCUCCAAACCCAAUGAGAUCUGUUAAAGGCGCUCCCUCAUCUCUCGCGGUUAACAAGAGAAAGAGACAAGAUGUGAAGCCAAAGGCUUUAUCUGAAGAGGAAUCUGCUGCACUGAAGGCAAGGGACGCUGCAAGGAAGAGAGUCGAAGAGAGAGAGAAACCAUUGCUUGGUCUUUAUAGGGGUUUAUAACAGCUCCAACAAGCAUUUUCCUUCUUAAUAUACCAGGUAUUAUGAAUUAUUUGACAGCAAGAAAUGGAAUAACAAAGCUGUACACCUUGUUUGCAUGUUGAUCUUGCGCCCAUCUCAUCAUUCUCAUUGUUGAAAAACACGGGAUAAGAAGGCCGCUAUGGUGGUUUCUGCAAUUGUACGAGUACCUGGUCGACUGCUUUUCUUUUCAUGAAAGUUCUCCAUUUUUUGUACUGUCAAAGGAUCUUGCAAUGAGCGUCUGUUGUAAACUUCUGGUGAUAGAAAACUCUUCGCCCCCUUUCUUCAUUAUUCUUUCUGUGAGUGAAGAAGUCUAUGUACCCACUCAACAAUGUGAUAAAAUGUCAUGUCCAUUAUUUAUCCCCACAAGAAACUUUAAAUAACAACAUGGGCAUACAGAUAUGCAUCAAUGAGUGACUGCUUUUAUAGCCAUAAGCUUGUUUGUUUUGUACAAUAGAUGGAUAUAAAGAAUGUUUGUUCUGUCUCU